AUGGUGAGAAGAGAUUGCUUCUUGAGUUCUGACGACACUUUUGCAGCCGAUCGUACAGCGCUACUCAUUGAUCGGGACUUCUUCUACAGUGAACGGGGGACGUGCAGUAAUGUGCGUGUGGAUUGUACUCAGUCAGAUAUGCUUAUAACUUUCAUCUUCGGAGCUCCAUUUGAGGGACGAGUGUAUGCUACUGGUAACCCGCAAGCUUGCUUUGAAAUGGGAAGCGGUCAGAAUCAGCUAGUUCUUCGCAUUCCUAUGGGAACUCAGUGUGGAACUGUUCAGCAGGGAAGAGGACGAUACGUCAAUCACGUAGUAAUUCAGCAAAAUCCAGUAAUUAUGCAAGAGACAGAUAAAACUGUGCGGGUGGAAUGUUCAUUCGAUGCUAGUGAUCAAACGGUUUCGUACGCACCAAGUGGCACUCGAAAUCAAGAUGGUGGAGGCAUCAGUGUCACUGUGCCAUUCCGACCUUCCGGAACGAAUAUUGUCACUAACACUGCACCGACUCCAAAUGUUCGUAUGCGAAUCGUCACCAGAAAAGGGCAAGAGGCUGCUGUAGUAGGGCUUGGUGAAGAGCUACUCCUCAAGAUCGAGAUUGAUCCAACAAGCGCAUUUGGAAUCUUCGUUCGAAAUUUGGAAGCAAGAACGGACAAUGGAGAGCUUCUUACACUUAUUGACAAUGUGGGGUGCCCAAGGGAUCCAAAUAUUUUCCCUGCAUUACAAGUGGAGGGAGGAACACGCAACUUACUGGGGCCAUUCAAGGCAUUCCGAUUUCCAUCUACCCCAACAGUAAAUUUUGUGGCAACAGUUCAGUUUUGCCAAGAUAUUUGUGAACCAAUUCGUUGCAGUACAGGGGUUCAUUCAUUUGGAAGAAAAAGGCGACAAGUCAGCAGUAUUAUAGAAGAUACAGAAAAUCUAAAACUGAAUGAGAAUCGAACUGUUUCCCUUGCUGAUGUUGAAUCAGAGGACAUAAGUUUAUCCAGAUUGCAAACAGCAAAUAUUACAUCAUCAACCACCAUUGAAAACACAGAAACAACAACGGAUUCAUCAUCAUCUAAGAACUCAGAAUAUUUUACAAAUGGUCCAGAACCUCCAGUACAGAGUUCAGAUCCUCCAUUAAGGAAUCCAGAACCUGCACCAAAGAAUCCACAACCUGCGUUAAGGAAUCCAGAACCUCCAGUUCAGAAUCCAGAACCUCCAUUACGGAAACAAGAAACUACAACCAAGAACAUAGAAUCAUCUCUUUUAGAAAAUUCAAAUGAAACUAAUAGUGCUUCAAAGCUACAGGAUCCAGAGCUUCCAAAUGAAUUGCCUCUUCAAUUGAGGUUGGUGGUUGGUGAGGAUUCAAUACCAAAACCUUCCCCAGAAAAUAAGAAAAGAAAUGAUAGAAAAUAUGGACCAAUAACUAUAGACAAUGUUCGAAGUGAAACUAGUGAUCUAAAUUCCAAUGAUAAAACUGUCUUUUAUGCAAAGAGUGAUUAUGUCUGUACACCAACUUCAACUGUCAUAGCUUCAGUGUUAACUCUUUUACUAUUCAAUAUUGGUUUCAUAAUAAUAUUUGCACUUUUCUACCGAGUGCGCAAGAAGCAAUGGGAAAAACUUGCAUCUGUGGAUACAAAAUUCAAUCAAGUUCCAGUCCCAGAAGUGCUAUUUCGAAGUGUAUAUGGACGACUGCCUCCAAAUCCUACCCUCACAACUUUGAGUCAUCAGCUCAGCUCAUGAACAUUUGCAAUGAUUUUUCUGUUCUUUUCCUAUUUAUAGUGUGUUUCUACUAUUUUGCAGCUGACAUGAAUGUCAGUGUUCAAGUUUGUAAAAUAAAUUAGUAUAUUACACCACACAGCAGAAAUGAUGGUACUAAGCCAACUCCUCCUAAGAGCUCAGUUAAAAACAUUUAUUUCUUGUGUGAUACAAUUAAUAUGAUGUCACUAUUUCUAGAGUAUUUUAUGCACAAAGGUGCUCUAGUCAAAAUAAAUUAUUGUCAUUUCAUGCAAUAAAUUACAAAUACUGUCAUAUCCUCGAAAAGGGAUUUAUUCAGAUCCAUAGAAGUUGAUCCUGAACAAUAAUUUCUCUAAAUAAUUGCAGAUUAGUUAAUAACUUCUUUCUACUUCAAAAUAAUUGUUUUGAAAAGUACUAGUUUUUGUUCAUUGUUUAGAGUACUACAUAAACAUGA